GCGGAGAGGCGGUCGGGCAGGUGCCAGAGGCGGACGGGGGCAAGUGCGCCGUGGUCCCUCGGCGCUCCGGCCGACGGGGAUGAUGAGCGGCGCUGACUCCACCACGGGGCCCGGGCCCGGCUCGAGCCUGCUGCCUCUGCUGGAGACCCUGGAAGACCCCCUCGCUUCGCCGGAGAUGCUGACAGACGCGCUCCUUACCGUCACGAAUCGUCUGACUGGUGAGGAAGGACAAGAAUUUGCAGUUGAAGUUGGAAAGUACUUCCCUCAACUCUACAAAAUAUUCAAGACAUACAUUCCUACAGAAAACUCAGAAUUGAGCAGUGCAGCUUUACAAGCUUUAGGAUUCUGUGUAUUUCACUCAAAGAUUGCUUCAUUGCUAUCUGAAGUUGAAAUACAAGAGUUGCUUUCAAUAGUGAGCAGUGUUGCUGUAAAGAUGGUGGACAAAAAUACUCGCACUAGAGCACUUUGGGUGAUCUCUAAGCAGUCCUUUCCUCCUGAUAUUGUUGGGAAACUGGUACCCAGUAUUAUUGCUAUGUUAGAAACAGUACUUAAAGGAGAACUACAUUCCAUGGUGGUUGAAUAUGAAGCACUAAAUGUUAUCAUACGACUCAUAGAACAAGCUCCAUCCCACAUGGAGGAAGAAGCCGUGAGGUGGGCCAAGCUGAUAAUUCCUUUAGUUGUUCACUCAGCUCAUAAAGUACAAUUAAGAGGUGCUACUGCAUUGGAGAUGGGAAUGCCACUGUUAUUGCAGAAGCAGCAGGAGGUCGCAGCAGUCACUGAAGAACUGAUGACUACUAAAAUAAUUCCAGAACUCCAAAAACUGUUUUCAUCAAAGAACGAGACGUACGUUUUGAAACUCUGGCCCCUGUUUAUAAAACUUCUUGGCAAAGCAUUGCAUCGUAGUGGAAGCUUUAUCAAUUCAUUGUUGCAGUUAGAAGAACUUGGAUUUCGUAGUGGGUCACCAGUGGUAAAGAAGAUAGCUUUCAUUGCAUGGAAAAGUUUGAUAGAUAACUUUGCUCUAAAUCCAGAGAUCUUAUGCAGUGCAAAAAGACUGAAGCUGCUCAUGCAACCGCUGAGUUCCAUCCAUGUGAGGACUGAAGCUCUGGCACUGACAAAGUUAGAGGUGUGGUGGUAUUUACUGAUGAGGCUUGGGCCUCAACUCCCAGUCCACUUUGAGCAGGUUUGUGUGCCAUUAAUUCAGAGCACUUUAAGUUUAGAUGCCUCUCUAUUACAAGGAAAUUCAUCUCGGUUAUCCAUUAAUCAGAGUUUAGCAUCAGCAGGUUCUGCACAGAAAUCAGGUGUCUUCCCUUUUGGAACAUCUCCCAGUCCAAGGGUGAAACUGAAUUCUAGCACAAGUGGAGUUGUGCCCAUUCCAUCCAUUCGACUUCUAGGAAUUGAAAUGCUCCUUCACUUCUUCAUGGGGCCGGAGGUUUUAACUUUUGCCAAGGAAAACAGUGUUGUAUUUAGUCUAGAACCUCUUCAAUACCCAGUAAUUGCCAGCCCUUCCUUCUUCUGUAAACAUGCCAAUACAUUCAUAAAUGCAGUUCAGGAUGGUUUCAUUGCAAUUGGAAAAGAUGCUUCUGAUGUUAUUCUAAGUGCCAUAUGGAAGGAAGUAAUUGGCUUUGUAAGAGCUGCAAUUGAAUCAGGUAGCAGCAAAAGAGAGCGGCAGAAUUCAGAGUUACUAACUGCACUGCUGCAAGCCUUAAAAAACAUCGUUAUGUCAAAUGAGCUGCCUGUAUUAAAGUCACUGUCCCUUAUAGAAAUCACAAUUAAAGAAUUGCCUCCAAAAGUAUUAGGAUCACCAGCCUAUCAGAUUGCUGACAUGGAUCUUCUGAAUGGAACACCAGCAUUGUUUUUAAUUCAGCUUUCCUUUCGUAAAGAACUCUUGGAAUGCUGUGUUCAAGAUGAAAGGUUUUUCUUGAACUAUGAAUCUCUUGUCAGAUCUGUUUUGUCGGGCCCUACAUCUCCUUUGGCUUUCAGUGAGUCUGUGUUCACAGUUGUUAAUCAUAGCGCACAAUACUUGGAAAACAAAGAACAUCUCUGGAGAAUAUGGAGUAUUGUAGUUAACCCAUUAACUGACUGGAUUAACCAGACAAAUGAAGUAAAUCAAGGUGAUGCUUUGGAACAUAACUUCAGUCCGAUUUACAGUGCAUUGUUGCUCCCUGUGAACCAUAUAUUCCCAUCUUCUGAAUUUCCACGGCCCACAAUGAAAACAUUACUGCGUUCCUGGUCAGAACUCUAUAGAGCAUUUGCCCGUUGUGCAUUGCUGGUAGCAACAGCGGAAGAUAAUUUAUGCUGUGAAGAACUCUGUGCCAAAAUACUACCUGAGUUAGAAGAUGAAACUCAUAUGAAUCAGUCCAUGUUGGAAGGUCUCUCACAGAUUGCAUCAGUUAUGGUUGAUUGCAUCAAUUUUGCACCCUAUGGUAAUAAAUUGCAGCCAGCAAAUACAUCCCCACAGAUACCUACAGACUGGUCCAAAAAGAAGAAAGAUCCUCUUGGCAAACUGUCAUCUUUAAUCAAACUUUUGAUGAUAAUGGUAAACUCUCUUCAGACGCUUGCAUCCAAAGAAUCUGGCUCUGAAAAACUGGCUGCUGUUGGUACAUCUGUUGUUGGUGUUCUUCAGAAUAUCAUUGGCCACAUCUCUUUGCCUUCCGUCAUUCGAUCUCUGUUUGGAACAAUUACGAAACCAGUAGCAGCAUUUUAUGAAAAAAUAAAGUCUUCUAAUGCAUCUAAAAUGACAAAUGGACACAACAACAAGUUUGAAAAGUUACUGGCAGAAAGUAUUAGUUGUUGGCAGUCCCACUAUACUGGAUCCUUUGACGGUGCACUACUGCAAGAGCUGUCUCCACUGCUGUGUGUCAUGCUUUCACACAAAAAUAAACAGAUGCGCAAUCAAGCUGUUCAGUUCUGGAAUGCAUCAUUUGGUAAAGCUGUAAUGCUGACCUACCCAGAAGAAUUAAAAUCUGUUUUGUUGCAAGCUAAGCAGAAGAUGAUGCUCUCAUUGCCUUGUUUUGAAAGCACCGAGCUAAUGGGCGAGUCUAAUGGGACAAAUUCUGAUUGUACAGAAAAUUCUCAAUUGGAUGCGAAGAUAAGUGGAAUAGAAGUAAAUCUUUGUGCGAAGAGAGACUCCUUGCUAGCAAAGACCAGUGACCUAAAAGAAAAAAGUAUUAAUUCCCAUGUAACACCUGCAAAGAUGAAGGUAGAAUUCCCACUGCCAAAACCAAAUCGAAAAAACAUGCUGCUGGAAGAAGAAAAUACUCUUGACUUCGUCUUUAUUCCUCAAGAGACAAAAGAGAGAGUAUUGACAGAACACCAAAAAGAAGUUCUAAGAACAAAAAGGGUUGAUAUUCCUACUAUGUACAAUGAUCUGGAUGCAUCCCAAGACACUGCUUUGUUUUCCCAACAUUCGCAGAGUCAGGAAGAUUCCUUGGAGAAAGCAGCCUUAGUAGAUGUGAAAGAAGCAUAUGAGAAGAAUGAGAACAAAAUUAUAGCCCAGGAUAUGGAAACAUCAAAGGACUCGCUUAGCAUUCCAAAUGAAGUUAAUGAAAAAUGCAAGACAAUUACACUUCUGCAACAAAGUAAUUCUGCCACUGCAGAACAGCUUAUCACUCUUGGGAAACAGCGCUUAGAACUGAAGCAGGAGGAAUCAGAAAUGUGUGCUCCUAAAUCAGUUCCUGAAGAACCUUCAGUAUUGAAUAGUUCUUUGAAUGGAAAUACCUCUAAUGUCAGCAACAGCUCUGCUUCUAGUGAUGUCAUUUCAGGUACCCCACCGCCUGUCAGCAGAAGACAAUCCUUCAUAACUCUGGAAAAAUUUGAUAGUUCAGGGAACAGACCUUUCAGUCCUUCCACUUUCAGUAAUACAUCUGGAAGCAUCCCUUCAGUAGUUAACCAGGAUAGCACGAAUGCUUCAGCUGCAUCUUCCAAUGGAAGUCCAAAUGUGGAGAAUAAGGAAGCUAUCAAAGUCAAAACUGAAGAAGUCGUCACUAGGUCUAAGAGGCCAUGCCUGGGAAUGUUAGCUGCACUAGGGACUUACGUAAAAGUCAAAAAAUCAAAAGAAGAAAAUAAAGCAAAUUCAAAAUUGCAGUCUGAGAGCUUGAUUGGAAUAAAGAGGUCAAGUCUUAGACAAAAUAAAACAGAGUUUUCAGAGGAUAAAAAAGCAAAGCUAAUGAAGCCAGAUCAGGAAAAAAAUAUUCAAGCUUCCCCUGCCAAGCACACAGAGGACAAGCAUGAGUUACUUGUUGAAACACAAGAAGCGGAAUAUUUGCUUGAUAAACCAUCUCAGACUUCCAGUUUGAAUGUAAUUGGAAGCAUGAUAGAAAGUAAAUGUGUGUUAGAGAGUGUUGCAGAGAUGAAACCAGGGCCAAAUUUAGACACUAAAGAGAAUACUCCUCCAGAGGUGGCUGUACCAGGAGAUGCAAUGUCUAAUGUUAGUCAAGCUCCACAAAGUUCACCUAGUCAAAAAACAUUAAGACGUUCUUUAAGACGGAAACCAGAAGCCACAGAAGGAGCUGCUGCUAGUCAGGACAAAGAGAAUAGUCAACAAAAGAAAGAUGAUGAGAAGGUUCUGCCCAAGAAGAAUUCGCAAGGUAAAGAGACCGUUACACUCAAGCCAAAACCUGCCCCUGAAAAGCCAGUAGAUGCAGAUAGAAGUGUACAUGGAAGUGGUGCUGCAGAAGGGAUAACCUCAAAGGAAUCCCACGUUUCAGUGAAUAUACAAGAGGAGACUAACACAGGUACUGGAAGAGUUGAAGGCAGUACUGCUUCUGACAUUGAUGAGUUGCAAGAUUCUGGUGCAGAUGCAGCCAUUGAGAAACCAAAAGGGUUUCCACGAUACCAUACAAGAAGAGCUUCACAAGGGUUACUAACUAGUAUAGAAAAUUCUGAGUCAGAUAGUUCCGAAACAAGAGAAGAAGGAACCAAGAGGAAAAGGUCAGGAAGAUGGAAAAAUAAAAGUAAUUCCCUUGAAAGCCAAGUCAAGGAAGAGCUUGCAAGUCCAGAGCUUCAUUCACUAAAUGUAAUUGAAAUCCAGGCCACCACAAUAGAGAAUAAAGAUGUAAUGCAUGCUCAGGAAAGCAUGGAAAUCGCUUCUGAUAAUAAUGAAAAGGGAGACAAAAAUACUCCCCAUUCUCCUGAAUGUCCAGGACUUAAGCAAAGUACUGAUCCUCCUCAGAGCAAAGACUCUUCAGAUAUGGAGAGAAAUGCCAAAAUGCUGACACAGUCUGCUUCUGAGGCUGCUUUAGAAAGCCACCAGGAAGCUGUAAUUCUUGAUACAGUUUCUGUUCCAGAUGUUAGUACAAGUUCUCCGAUAGAGGUUGCUGGGGAUGACAAUUUAGCUACUGCUUUCAGUGCCUUCCCUUCCUCUGAGAAAUCUUCAGAGCUGUCCGAAUGCCAGCACAAAAGAAGCAAGCGGACAAGGAGAUCAAAGAGCUGCGACUGCUGUGGUGAGAAGCCAUUGCCACUGUUGGAAAAGUCAUCCGCUGAACUGAAAAAAACAGGUAGUCCAGAAACAAGGUUAAAAGAACAAAAAAGAACGCCCAAUAAAGCAGCAGUAGCUCUGUUACCCAUUCCUGCUGCUGAAGAAUCUCAUUCUGCAGAAAGGCUCACAGUGGAGCCUUGUGCAGCAAGCACUCCCCUGCCUUCCACCAACGACUUUGCUGACCUGAAGGACUCCAGCAGGCUUGUUCAGCCUGCAGAGGAUUUGCCAGGGAAUGCAGCGCCUGAAGAUAAGCUCCAGGAAUGUGCCUGCAUCGAAAGUGAAAGCAAAGGGCCUGUUGCAGAAACUAUGGAUUGUACUGAGUUUGCUGAAGCACCUUCGGAGCUUACAGCAAGCUCUCAUUCAAAAGAACCUUUUGAUCAGUGUGAACCAUUAGAUGCAGCCACAGAUCUGGCUACGAUAGAAAAGAGUGAUGUUAAUCAAUAUGGUCAACUGGGAGAUGAAACUGAUGAAGAGACAGGCAUUAACCAACCUGAGGAAACAAAGGCUAAUGAAACAACAGCCAGUGAAAACAACAGCAUAAUUGAGCAUGGUACUGAAGAAACUGCAGCAGAUUUUGUACCAGUAGUAUCUAAACCUCAAGAAAAUCUCCAGGAAGAGGAUGCAGAAGAGGAUGCAGAAAAUGAUAUAGCGGACGCUUCAGUAGAAUCUCAGGCUUCAGCCUUGGUCCAAAAGGAAGGCGAUUCAGAUUCUCCAUUAAAGUUAGAAGAACUUGAUGCUCUCUCUCUAGCCAAGAUCAGUGGAAGUCCUAAUGGAGUACAGGCACGAUGUAUAUGGUCUCCAUCAGCUUCUCCCUCUACCAGUAUUUUAAAGAGAGGUUUUAAAAGACAACAGGAAGAAGAAUCAACAUCACCUGCAAACAAGCAGAGCCGGCGAGUUUCCUUUGCCAAUCCAAUCUACCAAGAAGAAAUGGCAGAUGAUAUUGACCGUCGAAGUCCUGUGGUUAGAGCCCAUUUGGCCAAUGGUUCACAAUCUUUUCGGAGUCCCAAACUGUCACCUAAUCACCAAGCCAAGCAUAUUACUACUCCAAUCAAAGGAUAUCUGUCCCCAGGAUCUCGUAGCCAUAAAUAUAAGAGCUCAAAGAAGUGUUUAAUCACUGAAAUGGUGAAGGAACCCCUACCGGCUCCUACAGAAAGCAUAUAUCCCCCAUUGAUGGGCUGCAAAGCACCUGUUGACACAAUUUUGCCUCAGAUUACUUCAAAUAUUUGGGCUCGGGGUUUAGGACAACUCAUUCGAGCGAAGAACAUCAGGACCGUGGGUGACCUGAGUUCCUUGUCGGCAACUGAGAUCAAAACGCUUCCCAUUCGUUCUCCCAAAGUUUCAAAUGUUAGGAAAGCCCUUAAAGGUUAUCACGAGCAACAGAUAAAAACUCGUGGAUUUGAAGAAACUGCUGGCCUGGAUGAUACAGAAAAGCCAGUCAGUGGCAUUGAUGAAAAACCCUUUUCAACAAACGAGGACAAACUAAUAACAGACCUUUCUGAACCAGUUGCUUCCAGUGCAGAUGCACAGACCACUACAAACCUUUGCACCCAGAUCAGUAUACUUGCGGCUCAGAUUACUUCUGAAAGUCUUGUCAGUUAUUCAGGGAGUGAACUCUUUGAAAUGCAAGAGAAACUUCAUAGCAUGACAAACUGUAUUAUGAAAAGUCUUCAAGCACGUUGGAAGUCUCCAUCCCGGGAAAGCACAGUUUAAACAUUUGUACUUCAUUUUUUGAAGACCAGAUCUUGCCAUGACAUUUUGUUUGUUAAAUCCCAAUUUUUAAAAUUUCAUCUGAACCCUUAACUUUAUGUUUUUAAGUAAAAGUGAUUUUAUGACUUUAAAUCAAAUGGCCUCAAGUUCUGUAUCUUAACAUUUUAAGUUCUGUGCACUCUUAUUCGUUUCAUUAAUUUUCUUAUUGCUGCUAUACAGUUUUUCCAAAAUACGUUAAGAUGUUCAAGCUCUGUGAAAUUUGACUUGUACAGUAUAUUAACUAUAUUUUUCAAAAUAUGCAUCAUAUGUAUUGGAAAAGGCCAGAUGUCAAUGCUGUGAAUGAAACUUGAAGUGUUAACUGAUUUACCAAACAUGAUACAGCUCUCCCAGCUGCCAGUAUUAUGGAAAGUACUGGUUUUAUACAUCUUUUUUUUUUCAAAAAUAGGAUUUAUGGGGCUUAAUUACUACUUAAAACAGUAUCUUUUUCAGUCUAUUUUUGCAUGCAUUUAUUAACAGGAAAAUACAUCAGUAUGCAAUUCUGAUGAGUAUUCUCAGGAUCAAACUGCAUGUCCUUAGAAUUUUUGUAUUCUAAGUGGAGCUGUCCUAGCCCCACUUUGAAUCAUAAGUAGACAAAAUAAUUUUGUAUAUUAUGUAUAGGCUUACCAAUUUGCAGAUGUUAUAAAUUAUGUUCUCUGUAUAAAAUGCACUAAUACUUUUGGAUGGGAGAAACCUUGAUUGUAUAAAGCAUAUUGUGUUAUUCAAAGUGGACAAAGAUUACAGUGAGAUCCAUAGGAAAUACAUGUAUGAAUAAAAGGACAUGCUUUAUUUGAA